CCUCAAAAAGUGGACUAUGUAAACAACCAGUCGAACCGACUCUCACCGCCUUUGCUUUUUUAUUUUAAAAAUAUGUUAUACCAACUCAAAGUGACUUUUUUGCUAUCUUAGUAGUGUUUCCUUAAGCCUCAUUGUGUAGUCCUAAAUUCUGGAUUCUGAACGCGGUUUCAAAGUUUUUCCUGGCCAACGGUAGAGCGGUUUGCUAGCCUCUCCUUCCACUCAUGGGUAGCAUUUAUGACUGACAACUUUUAGCAAUGGAUCGAGGAAAGACAACUAGCGGUAGAGGGAAGAGCAAAACGCCGCAAUUCCCUGCCGAUUUAUAUGUUUUGGGCUCAAAAUCUGGAAACUCAGGAGAAGUUAAACAUACAACUCUUACUUCAAAACCUGGGACAAGUCACACUGUACCGAAUGAAAGGAAACGAGAAGCUGCUCCAACCUUGGGAAAUGCAGCAAAAAAACCAAAACUGAAAACAACUGCAGGUAGCAGUGCUGCUGAACUUUGGGAUGUGCUAGCAAUAGACAUAGAUCCUGUACAGAUUGUUCCAGCCGUAAUUGAGGCAGCCGAGAAUGAUGAAGCAGAUAAAGUGAUUGGAUUCCUCUGUGGCGCAGCACGGGCCCUGAAGCUAGCUAGGAGUAAACCAACUGUGGAUCCGAUCCUCACCAAUAGUCUACUGUUACUGUCAAGAACUCGCCGAUCUUUGUUCCUACACGAAUGUGUAACAAGUGCGUUCACAUCGCUUCUUCACCGUGACCCCAACACACCACCAAAAAGUAGAAGUUGGACUACAGUUCAAGUUAUUUCUGCAACUGUUCUUUGGUGUGUGUAUCAAGAAUCCAAAAAGUGGCCUGUAUCAUUCGUAAAAUACUACAUUGAAGAUGCUCUUGGAGAUAGGGUGUGGGUGGACCGACCCGAAUGUCGUCCUUUUGUCGCCAACAUAGUCGCUUGUCUCAAUACUAAAGUUUCACCAAAGAUAGAGACUGAAUUUCCUCUAGAUGAACCAGAAUUAAACCCACAAAUUGAUGCCAUGUUUUCUUCAAAUGACUAUCAAGUCAUGCCCAGGUAUUCAAGUAAUCAAGAUCUAGUAGAAUCAACUGCCGUUGAAGUCAUCAGGGAUCAGCUGAAUCGGCGGCAAGGUGUGGAAAAUAUGACUCGAAAUGUCAUCAAGCUUCUAUCAGCAGCUUGUGGAUUAGCCGAGGUAAGAGCAAUGGUUGCUCCUCGCCUUGAAGUUUGGCUCCAGAAUCCGAAGUUGAUGCGUGGAGCACAAGAACUUUUAAUGGCUGUCUGCGUGAACUGCACCACUCACACUGUGAAAGAUGUUGAAGUUAUUUCAGGGCUGGUGAAGACACGGCUCAAAACAAAGGCAUUGAGUUCUUUUUAUACUCAGGGCAUCCGAGAAAUGGUAAACGCUCACCCAGAUAACUUGUCAACAGCCAUUAAAAAUACGGUGUACAAUGAACUAUCAAAUUCAAGGAAUCCCAAUAAUAUGGCAAUUUUAACAGCAAUUUUCCAAUCAGACUCAGAUAAAUCAUCAGCGUUACUUGCUGAGAUCUUUAUGGAAUUACUCACCAAUCGAGAAGAUUAUCUUCGAAACUUGCGUGUUCUUUUACGGGAAGUGUCACGUGCCCUUCGUUCAGACCUUAAUUUGGCUGUUUUCUGCCGCAGUCUGAUGAGCCAAGAAGACCCAGUUCCACAAGGAUGUGACUAUGCGGAGCGUGUUUUUGCAGGGAUUAUAGAUCUCAUUUCGCUCUGCAUUCUCCUUUGCAUUGGGCCUCAAGCCCGUGGUGAGAAGAAGGAUUCUGUUCAGAUUGACAAGAUGCAUCUACUUGUCGCUACAAUGCAGUGUGAUACUGUUCACUGGCUGCAUGAUACUGCAGUAAGUGUUUAUCGACCGUCAACCCAAGAAUUUAUUCAAGCGAUCCACAAGGUCUUACUCAUGGCUCCACCAGAGCAUUACUACAAAAUUGAUAUGUGGCCGCUAGAAAGUGAGCGGGCACUUUAUUUAAGACUAGCCUCAGAAGUACCGCUGUCGCAGGCAACUCUUAUUAGGCUCCUCAUCAUUGGUCUUUCAAAAGAACACCCACUUUCAGCUGUUGAUACCUUAGAGCUUGCUGAACAACUGGUCAAGCGCACUGCAGCCCUUCCUGGUGCACCAAAACUUCAGGCGGACAAACUUGAGAUACUGGACCUAUUAUUUAAUCUGAGCGCCUACCGCCAUCCAGAAAAUAUUGAUCUCCCAGAAGGAUACACACCACCUCCUUUGGCAAUAACAACCAAUUACUGGAAAGCUUGGAUUAUUCUGCUCUUUUACUGUGCUCAUAAUCCUGGGACGUUUGGCGCACAUGCGUGGGAAAAGUAUCCCACUCUACGCGCUCUUAUUGAAAUGUGCAUAACAAAUCACUUUGUAUUCCCAUCUAACACGGAUGAUCUUCAGUUUUUAGCCUUGGAGAAACAAAAUAUUUUGGAAUUCGAAUCUCACCUUGCUGCUGCGUCAACUAAGGCUGUCAUAACGGAGCAAAGCAGUUUAUUACUUAGCCAACUGACAACACUUGAUCCAUUUGGAUUGACAAGAAAACCACCGCCAGCCAUAAUUGAGUAUUUACGCAGCUUGAACACUACGCACCGUCUUGGUCAUUAUUUGUGCCGCUCCAGGAAUCCAGACUUUUUGUUAGACAUCAUCCAAAGACAUGGAACCUCCCAGUCAAUGCCAUGGUUGGCAGAUCUUGUCCACAGCUCCGACGGAUCUCUUGAUCACCUACCUGUUCAGUGCCUGUGCGAAUUUCUGCUGAGCAGUAGUCCGAAGCAGCAGACAAAAUUCCAGCAACUUUUAACUCACCUACAAUCUCAAUUAACUGAUCCUGCCCGCGAUCCGGUAUUAGUCUCAGAAAUUCUGGACUACUUCCUCCGCAGGCUCAGCACAUCUCACACAAGGACGCAUGCCAUCUCUGGUUUGAAAUUAAUUUUGUCGGCAACCUCAGAUGAUGAUAUGAUCGACAAUGAGAAAAGGACAAGCGUCCAAGAAGAUGCACUGUGGACCCUCAAAGUAUUACCCAAUCUACCACACUUUGCCAUCGCAAAAGGACAGAUUGUCAAUGCAAUAGCCCAGGCGUGUCAGGUGGAAAAUGAUCCAAGCUUGAUCGCAAUUUAUAUUUCAUUUUUGUCGGUUCAUGGUAUCACUUUGGAAACUUUGCCUGCUCUGGCUCUUGAAAUGGCCACCCUCAUUGUCGAGCGGAACAUAAUAUCCGCCGCUCUUUUGCCAAGCGGACCUGCCUCUCCACCCACUCCUACGCUGAGUAAUUUACUCAGCAUAUUCUAUAUUUUCCUCAACAAGGCCCAAGCAGAAGAAGAGCUGUGCUUCAGCUGGGAUGACAGCACUGAUCAGAGUCAAGAAAUUAUGAUCAAGUGGCCAACAGGCGAAGAGUGCACGCUGCAUGUACUGAUAGUUCAUGCUAUCGUCAUUCUCCUUACAUAUGGAGUACCUCCUGUUACCAAUGAAAGUGCUUACAACAAACUCCACUACAACUACCUUCUUGAUCUCUGGUUCCCAGCGAAUCCGCAACACCGACCAACUGCUGUCAUGAUUGACACAUGUGAAGACUAUGAGUUAAUUCCAGAUUGGCUGAAGCUUCGCAUGAUUCGCUCACCUGUGGCCAGAAUAGUAGACACAGCCUUAGAUAAACUUGGCCCCACUCAGUUGGUGCUCUUUAUCCAAUCCUUUGGGGUUCCUGUCGAAACCAUGAGUAAAUUGCUGCAAAAACUUGAUCAAAGUGUGAUGACAAACCAAGCAGACAUCGAAGCAGCCAUGAUUGACAAAUCGUACAUGGCUAAAUUGUUAGAUUUGCAGAGUAUGCGUGGAGCAGUUGGCGGUAAAAUAUUUGCGCAGCUCCUAGAAGCACCUGGGCAAUCAGUCAACCCAGCAGAUUUAGUCACACCAAUGGAACUGUCUUUACCAGCUCCUCAAAUAGCUGACAAGGAAGCCGUCAAACUUCUCAACCCCAUUGAGGGUCCAGCCUUGGUAGAGCAAAAGUACCUCGCAACGGAGGAACAAAAAAUUAUGUUGAAACCUUUUGUCUCUCGAUUCUUCAAGACGCUGUCCUACGAGAUGAAAAGGACAAAAAUAACGAAUCAGACAACCAUCUUUGUGAAAGAAAUUCUCGUCAUGCUGAUGAAAAAGUGCUCUAAAGUGAAAUCCUUUAUUGGGGCAAUCAUAAGAGAACAGCAGUUCUCAUGCUGUUUGUUUCGUAUCCUGGGGUCCACGAUGACCAAAGAUGGCCUGGCAAUGUUGGAACUUAUCGCCAAGAUGGUCCUCGACGGACUCACAGCCAUGAAAGUUACCAAACACCCUCUCAUCAAUAUUUUGCACCAAAUCCGGAAGAGCAAUAGUGUCUCGCGAGUAGGCAAGAAAAACGUUUCGCUAGAGGACUCAAUUCAAGAGCUAAAAAUGCAUUCCUCAUAUCACCUGGAGAAAAUCGGUCGCGACCUACUUUGCUCUGAGACAUUACAAUAUCAAGACAGCACCCCUCUUGUGGAGGCAAUCAGCAAUCUUUUAACAGAAAUGAAGACUCAUCAUGUUGGCAGCACAGGGCUCUUUGUUGACUGGCUAGUUCAAAUUGAGCCAGAAAUAAUCGGCACUUCUCACGGUUUGCAGAUGGGGUUACUAUUUGCAAGGAGAGAUGAAUCAAAACCUCUUGCUGUUGAAAUGUGUCGGCCGUACCUAUUAACCCUACUCGUUCACAACGCAAGCUGGGCAACUCUUCACUACAGCAUGUCUCAGCUACUGUCCAUUGACUCUGCGCAAAAGUUUGAUCCAACAGCUGUCCUAGAUUUUUUGUGGGCAUUAACUUACAACCCCAAGUUGUGGCAAGGGAGGGAAAGGUACACUCCUAAGCAUAAAGUAACAGAAAACUUACUUCGCUUGACACCAAACCAGGUGCUAUGCGUUGUGGAGUACAUAGUUGCAGAAGGUGCAUCUAAAAAGGAUCCUGUGGAAAUGAAAGAAAAAAUGAAUUCCCGUCUCUCGCAACUCUCUGAUUGUAUUUGUUGUACAGAUUUAAACAUAGCCAUCAAAUUAAUGGACCAUCUCACAUUAAAAGCGUCCCACUUGGAAGAGUCAAAAAGAGAAGUUUACUCAGAGCUCAUUGUCUUGAUGUAUUUAAGAGUUCCUCAACUUAGUAACUUCAUUAAUGAUAACAAUCCAUUAAACCAACAUUUAGCAGAAUUUUCCUCUACAGGAACGUCAAGUUUGCUGGACACAUUGUCACACACGCUGAUCACUGCUUUAGCCUCAACCGCACAUGUCAAGGAGUGGACUAGAAGAGCCCAAGAAAUUGAACUUUGCUUACGCAAAUUGAUAUCUUCUCAUCCUUUACUUGUUUUGAGGCAGUUGCCUCUUCUAGCCUCAUCGCUUGUUGGAAGAGUUCAUCUAGAGUCCUAUGUUUUUCGAUCCAGAGCUCAUCUACUCUUGAUGCAACAGGUUUUAUCAAUUCUAGAGCUGCUCCAACCAAAAAUUUAUCGCCCUGAGUACAGUCAAGACCUUCAUCUGAUUAUCCAUACAUAUUUAUUGAUGUUCCAGAAUCAUUCAGGAAUAAAGGAAGUUUACCAUAUGAUGACAAAAUUUGUUGCAUUUCUUCAGAAUUACAUUGGUCAUGAUGCAGAGCAUGCUUUGAAGUAUCUCCACUCUCGAGCAAAUUUACUCAGGGAACUUCAACUUACAUACUCAGCACUGAAUAGCGUUUGCGUUUUGAUGUCUGGUGUCACAAGUGAAGGUGAAGUCUUUGUAACUGCUGCUACUCCGGUUGAAGAGGCCCCGCCAGACCUGGAUGCAACUAUUAAAGCAUUGAAAGGGGAUGGUUCCUAUACGGCACUCAUUGAUUUAGAUCAUGCCACGUCGAAACGCUCAGCUGCUUUGGAACCGGCCCUGGAUACACUUUGUCAGCUCCUAUCUGACCCCAGCAACGGAGUCCGAUCUUUAGCCCAUUCUCUGACCAUUCGUUAUAUCAAAUGUAACCCAUCAGCUGCCAAAAUCGUUUUGCCCUACUUCAUUGCCUGUUUUGAUUCUGAUUCGCCAGAAAUCAUUGCAACUGCGUGUGAUAAGCUGCCUGAAAUGGCUGUUUGUGCUCAAGAAUAUGCAUUACCUCUUCUGAAGAAGGUAUUUUACCUAGGAAUGUAUUUGAAUAUUAAUACAAUGGCAAGUAUCACCAAAACAAUCUCCCUUCUGAACCUUCAAUCUGGUUAUUGAAUUCUGCCUUCGUAGUCCGUGUAAGUUACUAUUAAAUGAUCAAGUUCUGUGAUAUUUUUGUAAAUAGUUAUUUAAGUUUCUUAUUUUAAUGAUUUAAGCAUAAUUGAAAAUAAAGAAAAAUUACAAAUAUUAAAUUUA